AGCUGUGGCCCAAAAUCGCCAAUUUGGCCAAAGGAUGGCGCCUUUCCACGAAGCCUUGGCCACGCAGGUUGAGACCUUGAAACAAAGCCUUGCUCAUGAGCACGAAAUUGCCUUAGACAUUCUGCGUGAGCAGAAUGCGGUUCUCCGGGCCAAAGUGGAUGCUCAGAAUCACGAAUACAAGCAGCUCCUGCUAAAAUGCCAGCAGCUUCAGCCUGUGGACUUUGUACCAGCUGAACGUGAAGCAUUAUGUGAAUUUGCCAGACAGGAAUCUGGAAGUGUGCCCCAAAAUCAGCUGGCCGCGCAAUCGGGAUUGACCAGUUCUGACACUGAUGGUGCGUGCCAAGCUUUGGUCUUUCGUCCAGGUCACCGGUGGGCUAGUCUAGUUGAGCAAGCACUCUUGAAUGAAGCGCGAUUAGAAGAGGCAAGGAUGCUGGAUGAAUUCUUUUCAAUGAGAAUGCAUGGUGCCUGGCGAACAUCCCUUUCCACCGCGAAGAAGAGCAGGGCGUCAAUUGUUGCCCCUGCAGAGGUGCCCAGGUCAAGCGUCAAACACCACCUUGGUGCUGAAAUUACUGACGACUACCACGAGCGGUGGCAGAAGAUGAUACUUUCUCCAGCAAGUAACUUGCGCUUGGGGUGGCUCAUCCUCGGCAUGUUCUUCAUUUUUGUAGAUAUCCUGGUCAUUCCCUUAUCCAUCUUCGAUAUUGGUGACCAUCCCUUCUUCAAGGUUCAGCAAUUGGUGAGCUGGCUCUUUUGGCUAUGUGAUGUUUUCGUGUCCUUCUUGAGCGGCUUUGACCGGAAUGGCCGGAUCGAGAUGCGCCCGAUUGUCAUUGCGAGAAAGUACUUGAAAACGAUGUUUCCGAUUGAUGUCUUUAUCCUGUCGAUUGAUGUGGUAAUGUUCGCCUUGGAUGCCUCACUUGGAUCAGAAGCCGGCGCAUUGAGAACGACCCGGAUCAUCCGAUCUUUGAGACUAUUGAGAUUGCUGAGGUUGCUCCGCGUUGGCAAGCUCAGGGCCAUUCUCAAAGCAUGUGAGAAGCGAUUACGCAACCCGUACUCUGUUCUGCUGCUGAAGUUAUCGUCUGCCUUGGCAACAGUUCUAUUGAUCAACCACUUCAUUGCUUGCGGCUGGUACUACGUUGGACUGGAAGGCCACCCCGAUCGAAACUGGAUUCUGCUGUCUGAUCUUGAGGGUUUUCCAUUUGCAGAAGUGUACAUCAGCGCGAUGCAUUGGAGUCUGACCCAGUUCAUGCCAGCCACCAACAACAUUGGUCCAGACAAUGUGUGGGAACGAUUGUUUGCUAUCAUGACAGUCCUUGUGGCCGUGUGCUUGUUCUCAUCCCUGGUGGGCUCGAUUACUGCUGCUGUGGGAUCCUUCCGCGCAGUGCAGGCGGAAAAGAUGAAGCAGGAGCAAGCCGUGGUGGCCUUCUUCGAGGAGAGGAAACUCUCGGCAGAGCUCUUCGAUGAUAUGCGGGAGCACCAAAGAGAAAGCCAGAAAGGAAAAGAGGCAGUUGCAGAUGUCACUACCAAAAUGUCAGACAUCCGGCUCUUCCGCGAGUGCCCAGAGUCACUGAAGCUUCGACUCUCAGAAGAAGUCUUCAUGCCCGCUUUCGACAGCCCGGGAUGGGUUCAAACUGAUAUCCUGACGACCGGCUUCUUGUACAAGGUCUGCCAUACCAUGCGCGAGCAGGUGGAGACACCUGGAAAGGACGUGUUUCUGCCGGAUCAGAUGGCAUCUUUGGCGUUCUUCGUGGCCUCCGGCACCCUGAGCUUCGCCGAGUCACAGGGCACACUGCAGAAGAGGAUAAUUGGCUCAGCUAUGAAGGUGCUUCCAGGCACCUGGCUAUGUGAGCCGGUGCUUUGGGCACAGUGGUUUCAUCGUGGACAGUUCUGGACAACCUCCACGUCCGUCCUGAUGUGCUUGGACAGUGCAAAGUUUGUUGAUUUAGCAGUUGAAGCUGGUGGCAGUACAUAUGAGUUUCUAUUUAUGUUCGGAAUCGUCUACGUUGGGAGGAUUGAGGCUCUAUGUUCUGAAGGCAAGAUUGUGACUGACCUAGGGUUGGAAGCGUCACAGAUGGAUGAUUUGGCAGACCGUUCGCGAAGGUUCCUUUCGGCACAGACCCGGUCGUUGAUGAAACAGAAAUAGAGCGAACGUGCAGAGCGAGCUGCAGCAAGCACAGCCAGUGCCCCUCGACUGAUAUGAACCGGUGAUUAUAGGUUAGCAAUAGUCUGUGGCGACUCAGUCUCCGGGGUUUAUCUCAGUCUCCGGGGUGUAAAUGAUUUCAGGUUGACUGACUGACUGUUCACCACCAUGUGGCACUAACAGCGGCAGUCCCUUUUGCAUCUCUGGCGCAGCGGGCAGGCACUCCACCGUUUUGAAAUUCUAAACUCAGCCAGCCUUGGAGUUCUAUGACGUCAGCAUUGUUUCCACAAAAAGCAUGCAGAGAAAUUCUUUGUGCCGCUUACCUGGAUUGACCAUGUCCGCAAAGGCAUUUCUCGCAAUGCCUUAGCCCUCGUCCGCAAAGCUUGGAUGAUGUUCAGCGUCAUGCAUAUGCCGAACGGCAUGAAGCAUCGUGGAGUUGGCGGAACAAGAACA